UUUCCUCGUCGUUUUAUAGGUAUACAUUUUGCUUUUAUCUACUUUCAUAAAAUAUCCAUUUGGGUGAGUUACUAUUUUAUAUGUGCAAAUUUUACGUUCCCGGCACAAAAAAUUAUCGCAUUAGUGUUGAUUCCAGAAAAAAAGUCUUGAAAAUGCAGAAACGACAUGAGCUUUGUGUGUUAUUACUAACGCUGCUUGUGUGUAAUACGUUGGUCACAUUAAAUACUGAUAUCGCCAUCGUGUCCAUGGUAAACAGUCAAAAUGCUGAGGUCACAUUUACUCGUAAUAAGACGUCAACUAUUUGUCCAAAUAGCAAUUUUUUCAUGGGUAAUUAUUUGAAGGAUGACAACGAUGCUAACGAAUCGUUAAAAAAUGUCAAUCAAAACAAUGGAUACAAUUGGUCAGAAGCAGAACAGAACUUGGUUCUUUCGGGGUACUAUUGGUUAAAUUAUGUUGCAAUAAUGCCCGGCGGUAUUUUAGCUCAUAAAUAUGGAGCUAAAAUAGUCGUUGGGUAUGCACAACUGAUUUCUUCUACAAUGUCAUCGUUGAUUCCCCUGGCUGCCCAGUCCGGACCUUUGGCAGUAUCUUGGAUCAGAGCUGUACAAGGAGUUUUAUCGUUUAUGUCUGUUCCCGCUGGUGUAUAUCCAAUUAUUGGGAAUUGGAGUCCGCCACACGAACGAGCAAAAUUUGUAGCUAAUUUUAUGUUUGGAACCUACAUCGGUAUGACUGCGGGCAGCUUUAUAUUUGGUUUCAUUGGGCAGUAUUUACAUUGGUCGAUUAUUUUUCAUUUCACAAGCCUAUGUGGUGUGAUUUGGAGUAUAUUUUGGUAUCUCCUGGUUCAUGACACACCCGCUAAGCAUCCUGCAAUCAGCGUGGAAGAAAAAGAAUAUAUUGUAAAUAGUCUGAAAAAGGCGACCUGUAAAACUAAGAACUCAAUUCCUUGGAAAGGUAUUGUCACUAGUGUGCCCCUUGCUGCGUGUAUCUUGACAGAAUGUUUGCUCAUCUGGGUAUGGGUAAUGAUGACCACAUAUUUUCCGAAAUAUCUCAAGAUCUUUUACAGCUUGAAUUCUAACGAGAUUGGAAUCAUCACAGGUGUGCCAAACAUCAUCACAGGUAUAUUGAUUUUUGUAAUUGCUUAUUACAAUGAUCUAAUCAUCAAGAAAAAUAUAUUGACUACAACAACCACCAGGAAAAUUUCCACCAUGAUAGGUGGUAUUCUGUCCAUGAUUCCACUCAUAAUAAUAGCAAUAACCGAAUGUAAUCUGACACUGGUCAUUUCCUGUUCAAUUAUUCAUAAUGUUAUGAGCACUUUUCAAAUGUUUGGAACUCCGUUGGUUCUUGUGGACAUGAGUCCUAAAUUUUGUGGAAUUCUGGAAGGAUUCUCUGGCACAACAAGUUCCCUACUCACGUUCGUUUUCUCUGCAGUGUUGAAUUACUUUAGCACAAUCUAUGAUGUCAAUUUGUUGUGGAAAAUUGUUUUCUUGAGCUCAUCAAUGGGUGCUAUUUUCAUAAGUGCGAUAUUCCUGCAUUUUGGAACGUCUGAACUCCAACGUUGGAAUUUCGUAGAUGAUGCCCAAAAAGAUCUGCCACUGAAUCCAUCACGUGGUAGUAAAUCUGACAUUUUAUAAUGAAAUUAUCAAGUAUUUACUUACUUAAUGUAGUACCUACAUACAUACAUGUAAAUUGUACACGAGUAAAGAAAUUUAAUCAUGUUGAGAACCUUUA